GCUUGACUCUGUUGAUCAACGUUUCACCAACAACGGUAUUUUUCUAAGCAGUUGCACUGUGGAUUGCAGCCAUUGCUUUCAUCGACUUGUAUCCUGAUAUUCAGCGUUGUUUGGGGGAAGUAUCUCCUGCCCGUAACACAAAAUUCGGGGGUAAACACAAGUCAGAUUUUCCUCUGGUUUUCUCGGCUGGCUUCCUCGCCAGCUGAUUCUCGUCGGGAUGGACCCAGCAAGCCGAUACCAAGUGUUGCACAAUGAGGAUGACUCUUCAGAAGCCUCCACCAGUGAGCAGCAGCCGUGCACCUCUGCAGCGGCUCAGGCCAGCACGUCCAGCCAGGACCACAGCCAGGCCCAGGCCAGCUCGGCCUGUGCCUCAUCAGCAGGGGAAUCAUCGGGAUCGAGGUCUCAGGGAGAAGCGGAGGCCCCUCCACCUCCAUACGCAUCCAUUGACCUUGGGGCAACUGCAGCUGCACCCGAAACUAGUUUCCAAGGUGACUUCCCAGUGCCCCCACCCUACAGCGUCGCCACGUCACUGCCCACAUAUGACGAAGCGGAGAAGGCCAAAGCUGCCGCCAUGGCUGCCUCCGCUGUGGAGGUGAUGCCACGGGAUGAUGAAUUCCCCCCCAGAGAUGAUUUCAGUGACGCCGAUCAGCUGCGAGUUGGGAACGAUGGGAUCUUCAUGCUGGCCUUUUUCAUGGCCUUCCUGUUCAACUGGAUCGGGUUCUGUUUGUCCUUCUGUUUGACCAACACCAUCGCAGGACGCUACGGAGCCAUCUGUGGCUUCGGCCUGUCCCUCAUCAAGUGGAUUCUCAUCGUCAGGUUCUCUGACUACUUCACUGGCUACUUCAAUGGUCAGUACUGGCUCUGGUGGAUCUUCCUGCUGCUCGGUCUCCUGCUCUUCUUCAGAGGUUUCGUUAACUAUCUAAAAGUCCGCAACAUGUCAGAGAACAUGGCCACCUCUCAUAGAACACGCCUCUUCUUCCUCUACUAAAAGGUCUCCACGCCAUCGCCAUUCCUUUUCAAUGUGAAGUUCCCUCCCUCCCCCUCGAAUGACCUGACUGAGGAGCCUUGCAGUGAAGAGAGGAGGCGGGGAAGGAAUGAAGGAAAGAAAGUAGGGAGAAAGUGUUACCAGUCUCAUUAAAAGCAUAACAAAGCUCACUCUGAAGUCACUACUUCUGAACCGAGGAGAAAACAACCCUCCAUCUUUGAUUUUCAUUUUCCUUUGAUUCAAAGCUCGAUGACGCCGAGCCAACGCGUGUGUCAUGUCUCUUAAGAGCAGCAGUGCGGUUGACAAACAUGACCUCAGCCGACACCUGGUAUAAAGACAGAAGAAGAAAUCGGAUUUUAAACUAACACUGAAUGAAAGCACAAUGAAUAAAUGUCUUAAAUGUUGGAAAUGUGUUCGCAUAAUCUUGGUAGUUGCAACAUUUGUUAAGUCAGCUCAUUUGACGACAUUGCUUUUUCUGUGUAAACGCAGUGACAGCAGUGUUACCAGCGUAUAACUGUGUCUAUAAAGUGACAUUUGCAAUUUCAAAACAGAAAAAGUGUAGGAGGUGGAAACCUAUUCUGAGACUUUGAUAUUCAGAUUUUCCCUCCAACUUUGCUUCGUUUGUCUCCGAAUUUUGCGACUGAGAUCAAGUAAGGAAUUCACCUACUGCAGUAAAAGACUUCUGCACAUUACAGCACAUCUGCAGCAGUUUUAAGUACUGGUUUUACCAUUCCACAUUUUUUAAUUUCAGGGUGUCUCGAAGAAGUCUUACUUUAACUGUGAUGUAGCAUUAUUACGGCCUGUUAAAUGAAAUGAAUAAGCAGAAGCCAAAAGUAACUCUCUGUCUUACUGUGAUGAAAAGUGGCUGACAAUAUAACACAGGGCAGAAAACAGAUUAGAAUUUGUUUCAUAAUCUCCAAUUUCUAAGUCUAAAUAAGCUCUGACCUUUGGACUUUGGCUGAACUUACUGAAACAGGAAACAAUAUGUUGUUUUACAACAUAAGUUUGAAAUAAAAAACCAGAAGCUUUGUCUGAAGAAGCCAGUUUGUCAGUCAAAGAAAGUAAAUUGGAAAAAAAAAAAGACUGUAAACCUAAUGUGGAAUGUGCACAAAGAGAUUUCCAGGUCUUCUAAUGACAACUGUCACGCUGACCUGACCUAUGCAGUAGAAAUAUUUUUUCCAUCAUGACAUUUGUAGAGGAGGGCUACAUUUACCUCUGCACUGGUUGGCAUUCUCUCUGUUUGAAUCAAAGAAAAAUGAAAGGAAUGCUCCCAAAAUGCCUGCUUGACUGAAACCAAACCUCAAUCAUCUGUUCUUGACCGUAUUUUACAGCGUCGGCUAAAAAACUCCUUCACCGCAACCAAUCUCUUUUCUUCUCCACGCUGAUUGCCAAAUACGUCUGGCAAAACAGAAUCUGUAAGGCACCGAGGGCCACGGCUAAUCAGUGAAAGCUCCUUGGAUAAAUCAGUGUUUUUAGGCCACACAGGCUGCUCCGGUCGGAUCUGUGGAAAGUGGCCCAAAGGCAGGAGGACGGCCUCGUAUGCACCUCCUGCUUCACUGCUGUGGAAGUGGAAUAAGCAUUUUACAUCCAGCACAAUGCAGUAACUGUUAACGUGCCAGGCUUGAGUAAAAACUCUCUAGAGUAAAAGAGUCUUAUGCAAUUUAGUUGUUUGUAAUGGCCUACAAUAAUAUACAUGUGGCUGUAAAGUCCUGUGAUAAUGGAAUAGAUGUAGUUGAAUAGUUUAGUCUUCAGAGAUCUAAAGAGGACGUCAGGUUUGGUCCAGAGUGAAGUGGUUGUUAUUUUUAGGUAAAGCUGAGGUGCUGACUGAAGUUAAGUGUGUACCGUGCACACUCGCCAACAAAACGAUUUUAAUUACUAGUAAAUCAGAGGAAAUGCAGUGCAAUAAAACCAAUUAAUAACAUGACUGGUUGUGCAUGUGUUGCAUGAUGUAGAGAAAACCAGCACAUGGAUCUCUCUCUGGGAUUUCGACGUUUAUGAUAAGGUUAGAUUUGAAUUUUCUUCCUUUUUCUUUUCACGGAGUGAGAAGCUUUUGGUGAUGUAACAUAGCUCCUAAUGAGAAGGCGGCUUCUGUGUGGACAAAACAAACUUUUUAUUAUGUGAUGAACUGAGAACAAUAUCAAAGCAGGUGUUGCCAUUUCUGUGACUGUGUGUGUGUGUGUGUGUGUAACAGCGAUAAAGUCAGGGGAUGAUGUCCAGCGUGUACGUCAUGAAAAUGGAGCCUGACUGGACAAAGAAAAAGAACCUUGCUUUGUGAUUAUUUUUGCCAUCCAGAAAAUGAAAUGUAUAUACCAGCUUAUGCCAAUUCAUAAUAUUUGCACUUUGAAGAACUUCUGUACAGUAUGAUUUAUGAAUCUGCUUAACUUGAUGCGGGGGUAGAAAAAGAAAAAAAAAAAAGUUAUAUUAGCCAUCCAAGUUUUUCAACUGGAAUUCCUAAUCAUCCCAAAUGGAUUAUUUGCCUUUUGCACUUUUUAUUUUUUCAAAAAUGAUAAUAUUGUUAUUGUGUGUCUUGUUUCAUCGCUUUUAGCCUAAACUGUGACAGCUUGAGUAUUGCCAAACUUUUUCUUUCUUUUUCUUUUUUGAGACUCUGGUCAUAUCCCACUAAAAGCCUCUUUCAGCAAUAUCAAGAUCUUUCAAUGAAUUCAAGCUCUGCUGCAUGAUUUAUCCACCCGAACGCGUGGGUUACUAUUAGGAUUAAUCUACUGCAAAUACAUUUCUUUGUAAAUAAUUGAAGAAGAAAAAAAGAGAGACGGCAGCCAGGCAAUUCUUUUUGGUCAAAAAUAAUCCAUGUAACAGUUGUUAUGCAUUUAUUGUAAAUUGUAACUGGAAUUUAAUUGACAGACGUUGUCUUGCCAAAAUGCCAAUAAACUUCAAAAGCCUGCCAGUUAA